AUGCGAGGCAUUACAAUCCGUCAACUGCUGGACUUCUACGCCACCUUGCCCAGCAUGAUGCCACACUUUGAUCCCGACGAGUCUACCACUCACGACGUGGUACGGCAAGCCAUUAUUCCCAUGUCCUUGCAGAUCUGGAGUCUACGCUCCUUCGUGGUUCGGGUACAUUCCGCCAAGUGCUCGAAGCGAGGAACUCGAUCGUCAGAUGGACUAUGCGUGGUGAAGGUCCUGGACAAAGAGCUGCAGCACAAACCAUGGCGAGGAGGUGGCCAAACAGUGGCCAGCGAGCAGCUCGUUUGGGAGGAGGAGAUUCUGCUGGAAGAUGUAGCCAAGCAAGAGAUCAUCCAGUUUGGCCUUUGGAUGGGCCAAGAAUCUCUUGGAGAAGUUCAGCUGAAAGCUUGUGUUUGCUGGCAAGGAUUUUAUGGAUCCCUGACGAUCAAGGAUGAAGAGACCUUCUUCUGUGUGUCAGUACGUCCUUAUGACUCGGUCCAUGAGGCGCGUGCAGCAAUGUCAAGCUCGAUGUGGAUUCCUGCGCCCUGUGGCGCCCGUUCAUCGAGCAUCCUUCGGUCAUCCUCGCGUCCAGGAUUGCUUGACAGCGGCGUUGACGCGGAAAGACUGGAAGGUGUAUUGGAAGUUCGCCGAUUCUCAACUUCCUCGAAGCUGACGGAAAGAAGACGGGGUGAGGACUCGAAGCCAGGCUUUGCAUAUGCCACCUGCGCCAAUGGUGGCCAUGGACGUUUAGCGCAGAAAAUGGUCACACAUGCUUGGGGCAACAAGUUCAGUCAUUUGCUUGGAGCUGUUUUGGCGGAUGCUUUGCAAGAUGCGACCUAUGAUGGCGUCAGCCGAAUUCUGAAGCAGGGAGAUACAGUGAAGAACGCACGAAACGAUUGCUCCUGUGAGUCCCUUGCCGUGAAGGAUCCACCUGUCGUGGAUCUGCAAGAAAUGAACAAGUUCGAUGACAUGAUGAUCUUCUUGAAGCGCACGCUUCGACAAGAAGCGCGGGAGAAUCACUCUGAUGCCCCGGUCCAACUGGAGCAGGUGGUGGCCAUUGACGUAGACUUCAAUCUCCUCACCCGCGUCUGGUGCGUGGCUGAGCUGGUCGCGGCCCGGGAUCUUCAUCUGCAUCAGGCAGUUCAGAUCCACUCGGCGGCGCGCCGGAACUCGUGCCUAGAUAAACUUCAAAUCUUAGAUGUGAGGGAGGCAAAUGCCUCCUUCCCUGCAGACAAGGACCUCGUCUUGAGCAAAAUCGACGACGUGGAUGAUUUUAAUUUGAGCUUGCAGGAUUUGAUGCUGCACCGUUUGCAAAGCUUCUUGCACGGGAAUGAAGUCCGUGCAGCGGCCAAUAUUUGCGAUGAUGUCGUACUUGGACUUCUUACUGUUGUCCUAUAA